CUGAACUACUUCAGGUGAACAUGUUUAAGUAAACACGUUUACAAACGCGAAAGUGUACGGUUACACGGUAGUUGCUGAAAAGUGUGUUUAGCUCUAAAACCGAUUGUCUACAACUGUCAACGAAUGACUGUGUUGUUGAUCUCUAUUUUGUAAUUGUAUCCAGAAAACGCGGGAUUUUCUCACUUGUUUAUACAGCAUUAUCAGCACAAAUGGAAUGUGUUUUCAUAUUGCUCAAUAUUUUUUUUUUACAAAUUGGGAAUUCAAACAAUAUGCACAGUAUAAUUUUUAAACUUAUUUAUUAUUAUUUUUUGAGCGAGAGUACCUAUCUCAGUUUUAAGAAAAUUAAGGUCAGGAUCAAUUAAAAAAUAUAUAUAUAUAUAUAUCUGUUGAUUUUUUUUUGUUGCAUUCGGUAAAAUAUUACUCGAACUUGUGCCAGAAACACUUUCCAUCUUGAAUUUCUGCAAAAGACUGUUUAUAUUCUAAACAGCCAAUCAGAGGCUAAUGUAGAAGAUAUGUCGAUCUGAACUACUUUGCCAACCUGUUUAAGUUAAAUGGGAAAUGGCCUCGAACGAAACAUGUUCAGACUGUGUGUAACCGCACUCAUCAGCUGAACAUGUUCACCUGAAGUAGUUCAGACUCCCGUGUAACCGCGCCCUAAGAUAAACUUAGGGAUAUGGAUUCUCGGAUAAAUCAAAGAUCAUUGCAGUAGGAAUAAGGUGAUGUAACAGUGCGAGUGUUAAAAUCGGUGAAUUUUAAAAACGUCGUUUGGUUCUUCGGGACAGGAUGUUAAUUUGCAGGAAGUUACAACACGUUAAACAAGCACAUAGCCUUCUGUCGAGAUUGUACACGCAGGCUGCCACAGCUCAACAGAAUCACAGACCUGUUCAAGAAAUUGUAAUACCAGUUCCUUGGGGUCACAUAGCAGGUAAGUGGUGGGGGCGGACAGACGUCCAGCCAAUACUCGGGCUUCAUGGCUGGGAAGAUAACGCCAACACGUUUGACGCGUUGGUGCCGCACUUGAACGUAGAGUCGUUUCUAGCCAUAGACUUUGUCGGCCACGGCAUGUCGUCGCACUUGCCGGUGGGCAGGUUCUACAACUACCUGGACUUUGUGUUGGUCGUGCGAAUGUUGCAGCAGCACUUCAAGUGGCGCAGGUUCUCCGUACUAGGGCAUUCGUUGGGCAGCUCCGUCGGGUUCAUCUACGCCGGUCUCUACCCGGACGCCGUGGACACGCUCGUGAGCAUUGAGUGCGCCCACUCGCUGGUAAUGGGGAACAAAACCUUCGAGCUCGAGAAGAUGAAACUGACCAUCGACAAGUCGCUGGCGCUAGAGAAGCAGCUCGGCAAGGGGCCGCCGGCGUACGAGCUGGACGAGAUGGUGCAGUUGCUGUACGAAGGGGUGCACCACACGCUGUCCCUGGACGCUUGCAGGACGCUGCUGCAGCGAGGGACUCGCGCGACGGAGAAGAACGGGAAGGAGUACCAUCACUUCUCGCGUGACCCCCGCCUGCGUGUGCAGUGGUUGGGGCGGUUGACUGAGGACAUCUACUACGCAACGGCGAAGCGGGUCGCGUGCAAGGCUCUCUACAUCAGAGCGAAGCAGGGACUCCUGUUUGGUGGCGAUGAAGAACGAGUGUACCUUAACACUAUUGGUGUUUUGAAAAACUCUGCGCUACGCUUUGAGUACCACGAAGUAGAUGGCACACAUCACACUCAUUUGAACACGCCUCUUCAUGUAGCACCAAUUAUCAACAAAUAUUUGGAGUGUUUAUCGUAGAAACAUUUGUUUUUAUUGUUUUGUACAUAUUACUCUGUUAUUGAGCUCUUUUAGUCCAGCAACACAAGUGUAUGGUGUUUUUACAAUAAUUGAGCACUUCUGAACCUAUACUCAGUAUUUUUACAUUGUUCAUCUUUGCAUAUUCUUCUGCCCUCAUACUUCAUAAUGGGUAAUGAUAAAUCACUGUCAUGUGUGCUUCCAAACUUAAUUUUCAUAAACUAGCAGCUUCAUAUUAUUUUAAAAAAAAGUGAGCAUUAUACAUGUUAUGUAUUGGCUAACAUGCAAACAAAGUUGCAAGAUAUUUAUUAUAUCUGUAAAUUUGGAAGAAAUCUAUUUUAUUUUUUAAAUAGUACUAUAUUACAGUGCACUCAUUUAAAAUCAAAUGUUUACAUACUGUAAUUAUCAGAUAUAAAUUAAUGUACUAUGUAGGUAUUUAAGUUUACUAAAUUAAGUUUUUUUUUUGACACUACCUGCAUGUCACUUGUGAAGAGACUAAAUUACUGAUUUUCCUAAAUUCUUAGUCAACAUUCCUGCUUGUAUUUGUUUUGUUUAAAUUAAAUUACAUUAUGUAGCUGUGUGUUACAGUUUGUCAGUGUAGUAAUUCACCAAGAACGUUUUUCAGCAAUUCCAUUGACACAGUGCUCUUUCAAUACAGAAUAAUUUACAUUUACCUACAACUGUAAUUAUGACUCUAAACAUCCAAAUAUUGGAUUCAGAAUUGUUCUGAUUAUUGUAAAUGCACUAUAUGUUGUUAAUAUUAUUUAUUAAAUAUCAAUCGUAUUUUGGUUAUAGCAUAGGCUAUAUACAGUAAGCUUAUUUAACCUGUUUCAUUCGUACGGAAGGAUGGUGUCAGGAAAAGUGAAGCUAUUAAUGUGUGUUUAUCAGACACAAGUUUUUUUCACUCAAAAUGUUCAAUUUAAAAUAGUUUCUCUUUAUUUAUUUAUUUAUUUAUUGUUUAAGCAUUGUUAAGUUACUCAUUAUUAGCUGUGGUAAACAUCGUUGACGGGUUAGAUUUCUGUUUUUUUCGCAAAGCCAUCUGGUGAAAUCGACUCCUUAGCCUUAUCAAUUUACAAAGACGAGGAGAUAAGUUAGGGUAACACAGACUGCAAUAGUGAACGUGAAGGGAACAAGUAUUACCAUUAACUUAUUUAUGCAUGUAUUUUACCGUCUGUGUUCAAAUUUUCAAUGAUGAUUGAUUUAAUUUGCAUUAUUAUUUAGUUUUGUACGAGAAAAAUGUUUUAGGAAGUUUUCCGGCAUGAUACAGGUGAAUAAUUUAAAAUCUACCUCAUUUUCAAUAGAUUUCCUGUAUAAAUAUUCAUAAAUUUUUUAACCUAUUCACAAGAGCUCUUGCCCAAAGAAAUAUUUGUCAACCUACUGAAAUCAUGAAACAUUAUUCACACUUAGAAUGUGUAUGUAGUUUUGUUUCGAGAAUUAAAAGUUCUUCUAUCACAAAUUUUAUGGCUCUCUUUUUGUGAAAUGUAUGAUGAUGCUUACCUAAACUUUUUUGGCAGUGUAAAGGAAGGGGAGUAUUACUGUGAUAAACUUCAAAUUAAUCAAAUGCUGUUGUAUUUUUUUUUAUUGUUAUGGCAGCAAAUGUUAAGUCAUGCAAAUACUUGUAGUACCGGUAUUUGUAUGUAAUAUUUUACUAACAUCACAGCCAUGCCUAUAUAGGUAUGUAAUAGGAUAUCCACACAAAUCUAUAAUUUAAUUUCCCUGUCUUUUCCCUUACCAAAAUUUCAAAAUUUUCUAAUUGUUUUUUAUAAUUUAUCUAACUUGCAAUUUUCUGAAAUAUUACAGAAAAUCCAGCAUCGAACAUCUCCAUAGCUGGCCUAGUUAUGUCCAUUUUUUUAAAAUUGGUUUUUGUGUUAAACUUACUUAACAGAAACAAGCCAUCAACCAAACUUUUGUUUACAUGAUACUGAAUCUCCUAAUAACAUAAUCUCCACUCAACCUCAACUCAGUUGCAAUAUUUUCUGUGUACCACAGUGCGGUGUAAAAUGCAGUAAAGUGUACUAAGUAUCUACCUGGUAAAGUAAAAACACUGAUUCCACCAUAGAAACUGAAUUUUCUGCUGCCCGAUUAUCCAUGUGUAAAUGAAUAGGAAGUGUGACAUCCAGUUACGUUAGUGUACCAACAAGCUACGUUUAUU